AUAGUAAACUCAGAAUCCACUGCGAAGUAUUACUGAAGAAGGAAAUCGAAAAUGAAAGUAUCAAAGGACAGUACGCCACAGCCUCCACCGUACAGCGUAGUACCACCUGCCAACAGCACGGCACCAUAUCCAGUGCAGCCCGGGGCACCAACUGGAACAGUGGCUGCAGGAUAUCCUCCACCACCCGGAUAUCCGCACAGCGGGGUGCCAGUUAGCAAUGUUAUUGGAGAGUAUCCCGUACAUGCUGCCGGCACGGUGAUUAUGCCACCGCUGACCGUGGGCCCCGAAUCGUGCACCGCUGUCUGUCCCGCCUGUCACAAAACCGUCCAGACAGACGUCAAGGUCGUGUCAACCACCAGGACGCACAUAUUCGCCCUGUUGCUAGCCAUGUUUGGAUGCUGUUUAUGCUGCUGCAUCCCGUACUGUGUGGACAGCCUGAGAGCGAAGCACCACUACUGUCCGGAGUGUAAAGCUUUUAUUGCAGCUUACGAGAGAUGAAUCCAGUUGUUCAGCGCUCUGUUCCUAGGGGAUGAUCUGAUGACACACAACUUUUGGCAUAAUGCCCCAGUUAAUGCCAUAGUCAAAAAUCUGCUUGUAUGAUAUUGUAAACUGUGAAGCAUUGCUCCAGUUUAAAACUCACUAAAUGUACCUGGUGAUGAAAGCCUAAUAUUAGUGGCGUUCCGGAACAUACUUUUCCAGUUACUCCUGUACAUGUUGUGCUUUACAAUGCUAAACAUCGAGUAACUGAUAUAAAGAUCAGUAAACUGUGAUAAUGUUUGAGUCUUUUUUGGUUCUUACCUAUUUAUUUUGCAUGUCUGAAAGACACAGACAUUAAUGGUGAUCGACAGCCGUACGAAAUUAAUUCGGCAUAAAUUCGUAAAUUCGAAUAGCUUGCCUUCAAUUGUAUUAAAUGCAGAUAUGCUACCCCAUUAGCGACCUUUGAAAAUUUGUGUCGGGCGGACAACUAUGGCUAUCCUUCACACUCCUAAGAUUCUUAUAGAGUGAAUGACACAACAGAUUUUGUACUAUUUUUAAAUUUGAUAACGAAGGACAUAAAGCAUGUUAUGGAACAGAAUCAGUUCAGUAUUAAUUUCUCAUCAUUUUGCAAUUUUUGUAAUGAACUGUGUUGUUACAUAAGGAAUGCUAAGCCUCGGUUAAUUUUUUUUCUAAUAAUUGUUAAGGAACGUUCCAUACAGAGACACCCCUCAUGUACAAUUCAGUGUAGCUGAUUGAAGUUUAGGAAUAACAGAAGAGACUUGCUCAUAGAACUGUGAUAUUGUCGUAAACGUAACAUCACUGUUAGUCUUAUCCAAAAGCAAAUAAAACUAAGUUGGUUGCUGUCAUACAAAACCACCUACCUCCUCGAGGGUAGAAAGUACCUACAACGACAAUGACUCUCAUAGAAGACUCGACAUUCAA